GUUUUACAAUGCAACGCUAAUAAAUGUUACCGACACCAAGGGUUAGCAAUUAGUAAAUUUACAAAGUUGGAGAAUAAUCCAUAAAAGGAAUUGAUUUGUAGGGUAAGAAAACACAAAAGACAAAGGAUUAUAAUUUAGAAGCCAUGUAUAAAAAUUAUUAAAUAGCAUCAAAGAUAACCAAUAUAUUAAAAUUCAUAAGAAAGUUUAUCAAAUUGUAAUAGUAAUAAAUCUAGUUCAAAAAAUUCAAUUGGUUUUGAU